CCCACAUGCUGUCGCGACAGCCCAGCCUGAAAAGGCUUUAUCCAGAAUUCAUUAUCUUCGUUCACUGUGAACUGAGGAUGUGUUCGUCUGUUUGGUGACCGACAUAUCUGGAAGAUAAAGCAAGGCAGCAAACGCCGCGUCUACUGAAUGAAACAUGGGGAAAACUCAAGUUUCUCUUCCUAGGUUAGGGUAAAAAUGGACCACGAGUGCAGCGUAUAUGAGAGAAAAAGGCAGUCUGUGCCCUACCCCAUCGGUACAAUUGCUUCCUCCUCCGGAAAGAAAGAAAGAAGGCAAACAGGAGGCAGACACUCUGUGUGCGAUGAUCAUGUUGCAGUCACGGAUACGCGGUACAGCGUUUAAUCGUUUUCUGUUGCGAUUUCGCAGCAAAACACCUUCCGGUCUUCAUAUGGCUUGCGACGUGCACGACAAAGUCAACAGUUACAUUGAUGGGCUACGCGAAACAUAGGAGCAUGACCUUCGUGAAUUUCUCUCACUGUCCCCUCUGUUGCCAGUAUACACAUCUAACAAGAGAAAUGGAUGUCCGCCACUCCAACGCAGGAAUGAGAAACGUGAAUACUCAAUAAAUCCACAAUCAUUCCAACGGUGUCCUCCUUUGACGCUGACCUCCACCUGUCAUUGGAGAGUCUCUUGCUAAAGAAGAUGGGAUAUGUCAUAGACGCAAUUUUCACCAACUUCUAGAUGGGUCGUCUACGACUCUAUCUACCCGAGGCAGCAGUAGUUGGCGGUUACCUUCGGUUAAGCUCUCUGCGUGAUGGCUUUACUGUCGUUGACACUUCUGUACGCUGGUACAUGGACGCCCUCUCAGUUAUUGAAUUUGCCAGUGAACAGCUGUGUUUCCCUGUCUCGUCGCUAUGCGAUAGUGGCGUACUCCGGGCACCUAAACAACCAGUGGCUCAAUGCCUGUGAAAAAACAAUGCCGCUGAACGCUUUUAUUGGAAACUAAGACACGAAUAUCUCCACACGUAGCGGACGUGUGCAACUAUCGUGUGUCUCGCCGUGUCGCAGUAGAUCUGGGCGUAAAGGUAGAUCAUCUCGCAGUAGCUUAGUUCUUCAUUUCCUGGUUACAGGGCCGCCCCCAAUGGACAGCUAGGAUAAUUGAAAGCAAUCCAUGGCUGCCUCUGCACAAAAACUGUGUUCGCUCGCAAGGUACACGGAAGAACAAAUCUCUAAAAGGCCACAGAGGCAUAUUUUGAUUUUGGCUGGCCGAAACUCCUCAUUUUCCCUGAAAACGCCGAGGAGCCACAAACCACUUCCACAACCCAUCACCGCCAUUGUGCCUGUGGGCCGUAGGAAACAAAACGCACACAUUCCAGCCUUCGGUCCUUCCUCUGGUCCCCUACUCGCCGAUUCCCUUACGGUUUUCUUUCUGUUGUCUUCGCUUCGUCCCGAAACGUCACCAUAUGAUAAAGUGCUCGCUUCAGCAUCCCUCAUCACUUCGCGACUGCAGUCUGUCAGAUGAAAACCCGCUUCGGAGUAGGGUUGACAACACCGAGAAGAAACAAAGCAGUCUAGGCGUUGGGUGUGCUUUAUGUUUUGUCCUGUAGCAGACGCAUGUUUUAUUCAGUGAAUGGUCGAUCUUUUGUUUGUCCCGAGUGCUGAUAUCGUCACGGGGAUCCGCAGCAGGCUGUACCGAGAUUGUGGUUGAGUCUUGCCUUGCUGUCGUUGCUUUCUACCCCGAUCUUCUUCUUGUCGUCUUCCGAUAUUGUGUGGCUUCUCCGCAAAGAACGAGAAGCACUUUACGAUACUCAUCCCGG